AUGGAGAACAAGGGUACUCAAGCAAAGCAAGACGAGAAGAUCAAUGUCCUUCACCAAAGCAUGAGCAAGCUGGAAAGACAAAUGGGGCAACUAGCUCAUGAGUUGAGCCAAAGGAAGCAAGGAGUGUUUCCAAGCCAAGUGGUCAACAAUCCAAGGCAUGAAGCCAAAGCCAUCACUAUUUUGAGAAGUGGAAGGCAAGUUGAGAAUCAUGUGUACAUUCCUACUAGUGAAGAAGUUGUAACUCUGAGAGAGCCACCGGGUUUUGAAAGGAGAUCAAAGCAUGAGCAAGUUGUGUUGGACUACAAUGAAGAACAAGGUGAGGUCUUGAAGAACAACUCAAAUUCCAAGGCCAACCAUGAAAAAGAAGUGUCCAAUGAUCAUCCAAUCGAGAGACCAUUCCAAAGAGGUAUCACUUUUAAUCCUCCUUUGAAGAUUGUGCAAGAAGAAGAAGUGUCUCUCCCUUACCCUCAAGCUUUAUGGCAACAAGAGAAAAAACUCAAGAAAGAGAGCCAAUUGAGGGAGAUGAUUGAUUUGUUCAAGAAGGUUCAUAUAAACAUUCCACUCCUUGAAGCCGUGAAGACAAUCCCAUCUUAUGCUAAGUUAUUGAAGGAGAUGUGCAUGAAGAAGAAGAAGUUCAAAGAACAUGAGCAAGUGGCUCUUUGUGAAGAAGUGAGUGCUAUCAUUCAAAGAAAGCUUCCACCAAAGCUCAAAGAUCUGGGAAGCUUCACUAUUCCAAGCAAGAUUGGAGAAACUACUUUUGACAAGUGCUUGAUGGAUCUUGGGGCAAAUAGAAGUGUGAGGUAUCCUAGAGGUAUAUUGGAGAAUGUGCUUGUCAAUGUAGCAAAGUUUGUGAUAUCGAUGGAUUUUAUAGUCUUAGACAUGGAGGAAGCCCCCAUGGUUGGCAAUGAGCUUCCUAUCAUCUUUGGGAGAGCUUUCAUGGCCACCACCGGUGUCAAGAUCAAUGUGAAGAAAGGCACCAUGAGCAUGAAGGUGCAUGGAGACAAAAUCAAGUUCCAAAUAUUUCCUCCACUUCAAAUUUCGGAUGACAUGAAUGAAUGCUACUUUUUGGGUUACUAUGGAGAGGCAAGAGUAAGGGGAGAUGAGAAAAGUAAGAAAGAAGCUUGCGCACCCUUUUCGGUCUUACCAUGUUCACAAGGCUUUGAGUCACUCCUCACCCCUAUUAAGAAGAAGAAACAAAUUGGAGGAUUGCUCAAAGGAGCACUUGUUGACAUGGGAGCUUGA